CCUCAGUGCCGCCUGCCGGUGCCGGGGACUGGUGGUGAGGAUUCGCAGCAGCGCUUCAAGACCGGACCGUGAACCCGGAGACGGCACACACUGAGGCGAAAGCAAGACACAGGAUGGAGCAGAUGUCAGAGGAGGCGUUAAGGCUAAACCUGCUAAAGCGAGGCCUGGAGUCGCCCACCGAGCGAGAGGAAGCCCUCGCCAAGCGCCUCAAAAUGGAGGGCCACGAGGCGAUGGAGCGCCUCAAGAUGCUGGCGCUGCUGAAACGCAAAGAUCUGGCGGACCUGGCCGCCCUGGAAGUUGCCGGUCCUCUGGGAGACGGGAAAGGCCCCGGCGCUAGCUCACUCCACCACCAGAGCUUAAUGGGCGCCACCUACGAGGAGAAGCUAAAUGGGAGCCUUAGACUUGGAGGACAUGGCGGCCAUGUUGGGCUCAGUAAAAACGGGAAGGAGAACGUACUGGAUGAGCCGGUGGAUAUGAGCGCCGGGCGGAGAUGUGACACGGACCACGAUAGACGAACUCCUUCUCCAGACGUCAUCAUUCUGUCAGACAAUGAAGCGUCCAGUCCCAGAACAACACCUCGCCCCGAAGAGCGCCUCAACCAUGCUAACCUGGAGAUGUUUAGGGGCAAGACCGGAGAGGAGAGGCAGCAGAUGAUCAAAGCUCUGAGAGAGGAGUUGCGUUUGGAGGAGGCUCGACUUGUGCUGCUGAAAAAGCUCCGUCAGAGUCAGAUGCAGAAGGAGAACGUCAUGCAGAAGGUACCGGUGGUCCAGAAUGCUGCGUCUUCUGGGCAGCCUUCUUCCAUGCACAGCUCCCCUGGUCUGGGGAAGCUUCCGGUACGACCAGGCCUGCACAACCAGGACCCCCAGAAUCUCCGCACUGCACAGGGUCACACGGUCAUCAGAUCAGGAGCUAACGCCAACCUGCCACCAAUGCUCAUGUCGCAGCGGGUAAUAGCGCCCAACCCUGCCCAGCUGCAAGGCCAGCGGCUCUCCAAGCCUGGCAUGGCUCGCUCCAGCAGCAUGGGUAACGCUGUAAGCUACCAGCAGGCCAACCAGCAGGUGGCAGCAUCCCAGCGCUCCGGCUCCAGUGCCAUGUACAUGAACCUUGCCCACAUGCAGGCAGCUGCUGGGGCGAGCGGGGUGGCGGGCAGCCUGGGCGGAGCCUCUGCGGUCAGUCCGUCCACCUUGUCCGGCUCGGCCAGCGGGGGCGUGAACUCUAUGGCUGACCAGGCCAGUAGCCAGGCUGCCGCUAAGCUCGCCCUGAGGAAGCAGCUGGAGAAAACGCUGUUGGAGAUCCCGCCACCGAAACCCCCCGCCCCGCUCCUCCACUUCCUGCCUUCAGCCGCCAACAGCGAGUUCAUCUACAUGGUGGGCCUGGAGGAGGUGGUACAGAGCGUCCUGGACAGUCAGGGUAAACUCCGGGGGACACUUUCCCGUAUGGAGCCAUUCUUCUGCGCCCAGUGUCGGACCGACUUCACCCCCCACUGGAAGCAGGAGAAGAGUGGGCGGAUUCUCUGUGAGCAGUGCAUGAUGUCCAAUCAAAAGAAGGCUCUGAAGGCAGAGCACACUAACAGGCUGAAGAACGCCUUUGUGAAGGCCCUGCAGCAGGAGCAGGAGAUCGAACAGAGGCUUCAGCAGGCGGCCCUCUCGCCCAGCUCUGCCCCGAGUGGCCCUAACGCCUCCAAAACCGACUCCCUGAUUCGACAUCACGCUCUACGCCAGACCCAACAACCUCAGGCCUCUCUGCAAAGGGGUCUGUCCAACUCCGCGCGAGGCGUCCUGUCUAACUUCGCCCAGGCCUCCCAGCUGUCAGUGGCCAGCAGCCUCAUGGGGAUGACCAGCGGAAAGCACUGUGGCAGCAGUGGCGGCAACAGCAGUAGCAGCAACAGACUGCAGCAUGACAGCCGUCGCCAGAUCUACAACAUCCCAGGGUUAAAUAUCGCCUAUCUGAACCCCGCCGCUGUCGGCGCCCAUAAGAACUCCAGCUUAGCAGACCGUCAGCGAGAGUACCUGUUGGACAUGAUCCCACCACGAUCCAUAUCGCAGUCCAUCACCGGGCAAAAAUGAGCCUGAUGGCCCAUCAGAAGACGCCUGGCCCCAGGCCCUGUUGUCCUACCCCACGCUAAAGCACUCCGACGCCGGCCAAUAAUAGCCCCCCUGAAACACCAGGCCCCACCCAUUCAUCGCAUGCAGUGCCUGUCCAUGUGCCUACCUUCAACCCACCCAUUGAAAAGCCACCAGGUCACGCAAGGACAAUAAAAUGUCAGCGCAUUUCAAAUUGAGCCACAUGGUGAAAUUCUUCUUGGUUGGCAUCGUAAUUCACUGUUGGUAGCACUUAUUAUUAUUAUUAUUAUUAUUAUUAGUAUUAUUAUUAACCUUUAUUUUUGCUUCCAUUACUAUUACUCAUUAUGCUUUUUGAAUCGUAGUAUUUGUUUUUCUAAUGUCAUUCUUUGAAGAAAGUGACAGUGGAUCAUUGUAGGGUCGCUUCAGACCUUUUUUUAACGCUCCACUCCGAUUAAAGCUUGGAUUGGAGUAUAGCUAGUAACAGAAGAUCAACAGGGUGCAUUCUGCUUACUAUGCAACUUUCAAGCUUUGUAUGGUAUACUAGAGCUUCAAAGUGGAGAAAAGUAAUCGGGACAUAAGUCAUAUCCAGUUCAAAAGAGGAUAAAGACGUUUCUCCAUUUGUGUGAGGGCUCAUGAGGACAGAGCAUCCUUAUCACACCAUCGCAUGUCGUCAAUCCCUGCACCAUCACUGCUAGCUGGAAAUGACAGAAUGGUGCAGUCGUCUCUCGGAAGGAGAAUCCUAUUGUCAUCAAACCUUUUCCAUUUGCUUGUCACUCCCCUGUCACGCGUCAGAGUCCCAUCAAUAACGUAGUGGAUGUACACGGGACGCUUGUCAACACUGCAGCCGUUGAGGAGUCGCUGUCAGGAUUUGGGAUCAUUGGGAACUUGUCCAGAAUUGAGAGCGAAGAACAAAGUGGAUGUGACAACCAUCUUCCCAACCACACCACCCUUAACUACCUUUGUUUAUGCACAGACUGGACCCCUUCCACCCAGGAGCUCCUUUUCACACCUUCCUGCAAAGGUGGAAGUGCACCCAAACACACCUUCUCACGUUUGGGUUUUUCUGACUCUUGACCCCCGCCGAAACCCCUAAAUACUCCUUUUUUUCCUUCUUCUUUAUUUUUUUUUCAUCAUUUUUGCGGCGUCUCUUCUUGAAAUGUUGGCGUACCUGAGAGGUAUCUGCCAUCAGGAGACGAUAAUAAUCAAGAAAGCUAAAAACAAAAAAACUAUGUAUGGAUUAUGUAUAGAUACCUUGCGUCAGACGGAGAAAAGAAAAGAUGUGGAUUAUAUCUUUUAUGGGAGAGACAUGGAUCAAUCAUUGUGUGCAUGUUCUGCGCACAAGUUGCCUCACUCCAGAGGAGCACUUUGCAUAUUUCCAAUUGGAAAAAGAAAACAAAAAACUUUUUUCUUUUUUUUUUUCUCAGAAAAAGAAUGUUACAAUUAAGAGUCUCUUAAGGUCUGGAAGCUGGCUGAUGGCCUGUCAGAGAGUCACGGGUUGUCUGGUAUACUUCACAUUUUACAUGUGCUUUUUACCGUGUUCAUCUCCAAAUGUUGGACCUCAUGUUGCAUGUCGCUGCUGCCUGCUGAGGCCAGAGAGCAAGGAGUACACUCAAGUAUACACUCAUGGUCUUUGGACCAAAUCAUAUUCAGAACAAGGAGCUGGUGAGAACCCAGCUACUUCCCCUUUUCCACUGCACGGUAUCGUCAUGGCUCACUCUGCUCGCGCCUCAUUGAACGUAUCAGUCAGAGUUGAUACACGUCACAACAACAGUUAAGAAAAACAAGAGUCCGCUUUGUUUACCCAACAUGUUGCGGUGUUCCACCUCAGUAAAACUGGUAGUAGGCAAUAUGGGACAGAAUGGCUGAACAUACUAGAAUAUUGGGGAACUGUACCAGACAACUUAUGACAAGCUCGGAUCAAUAUAGCAGACAACAUGGAAACCCGAGGUGUUGGUUCAUGCACAUUUUUAUGGAUCUAUCUUUCCAAAGAUAGAUCCAUAUAUGGCACGGUAUCUGUUAGGGGUGUACCGAUCCGAUAUUGACAUUGGAUAUUGGUCCGAUAUCAGCAGAAAUCUAGGUAUCGCUUGCAUCUAAACCUUCCGAUAUAAUGGUAUGUGUGCUUAGUUGUUGCUUUGCUAAGUUGUGCACUGCUUACCAUAUUUAGCUGACUAUUAGCCGCACUGGUACAUAAGUACACUAACAUUUUAGGAUAAAUAAGAUUAUUUCAUAUAACGAUACUUGCCGUAUCGGACUAUAGGCCGCAGAUAUAUACCGGUACGUUGUGAAAUGAGAUAUUUACAGAGAAAGAAUUUGUAAAUAUUUAUUUACAUACCUUAAUUGUUUCCCAACGGUGCCUGUAACAGCAAUACAGUAAAAUUGCUGGCUCUGUCUGUAAGUGUCCUUAAUUGAGGAAUGGUGUAGUCUGAAAACUCAAUUGUCAAUAUAGGAUCAAAUAAUUAUAGUUACAUAUUACUUUCAGAUAACAACGGCUCCAAGGCAGAAGCAUAUAUUAGAAAGAAUCCAGUACCAAACGUGUCCGCAUCAUUUGAUUUACUGUGAAAAGAGCUUAACUUAAUGAUUUUUUGUGGCCACUAAUUGUCACCAGAAGCAAUUACCACUCCACUUCAACUUAAUUAAAGACAGCGUAAAUCCACUCCGGACAAUUACUAAUAAAUAGGUGAGUUUUUUUAAUACCUGCCAUUGUUCUCUGUUUGAGUAGUUUCACUUGAUCAAACCUUUUCUAACAUUCCACACUACAUAAUAAAAGAUCCUGCUGAUAUCGUAAAGGUUCAAUAUCUGUGUCAGCCAAUGGGAAGUCUAAAGGUUGUAUCGGGACACCCCUAAUCCACGUGUACCCCUACCCUGCCAUGAGUGUUGUCCACAUGUAGCUUUUUCAGUAUUACAUAUAUAAAUUCAUGAUUUUAGAGGCUUAAAAGAAUGACGCUGCAGCAAAGUGGAGACUGUGUUGUUCUAAUAUUCCAGAAUCCAGAGCAAAGUCACAGCAAUAGAACAAGCUAACAUUAGCAUGUGUGUUUGUUUUUAUCAUUUUUAUCAGUGAAAUGUAACAAAGGAGUAUGCUUUGUUGCACCAUAUGGCUUUGACAGAGCGGGUACUGGAAACAGAAAGGAGUACUUUCCCGUGGAAAUGCGAGUGGAGCCAUGCGGUGGAAAACAGGGCGUACCUGUCCAGGUUAUAUACUGUGAUUGUUUAAGAGAACAAGCAGACAUGUUUUUUUUUAAUACAAGUUCAUUUUAAAGUGUUCCAAUCUGGCUCCCGGCCCGUCAAAAAAGCUCAGCUUGACCCCUCCCCCCUUUUUUUUGUUGAUUGCGUGGUCUUCACAUUGUUCAAGCAGCAGUCGUUAGUUGGACAUCAUGGAAAUAAUAAGCGCUACAAACGGCAUCUUUUCCAGUAAAAAUGAUUGAUCUUAUUGGAAAGCAAUACACACAUCUUUGCGUAAUUCAAAGCUUCACCGCUAUGAUAAUGUGUCCUUCAUAACAUAAGUUUCUUUGCACCGCUACACUCAUGGCUGGAACACAUCUCAAUACGGUUGCCCAGAGCGACUUAUUUUGCAUAUAUGCGGAAGUAUUUAGUAUUUCUGGUACCCGCUUUCUGAGAUGCCUCCAAAGCCAUUGAUGUAGGGCCUUUAAGUGCGACACCAUCCUUUUCAUGGCCACAGCAGCGACAGUAGUUUCCUUGAAUGUUCAUCAUCUAAACAUUGAAACCAUACCCAAACCAUGACUAGUUUUGCUUUGAUUAUCAAUUUGUAAUAUUUGAUCGUUUCGUCCACCCGUACCAUCGACCGAAUGUCCCUCAGCACGUUGUUGGUUUUGAAAUACUGCGACUCUUUGUGUACAAUAGCGCUACAAUCAGUGUUUAAACUGUGUGUUUAUGGUACCUCGGUUUUCGUUAGUAACCUCUUCCAAAAGGUCCAACAAAAGCCGGAUCGUACUGUUGGACUUAACACAAGACGUCGUCACUAAUGCGUGGUAUUCUAUGCAGAAUAAUACACGGGCAAACUGUCACACGCAAUAUUUGGCCGUACGAAAACCGUGGUAAAACAUUUGACAAAAAUGAUCUGACAAGCGGUAGAAAAUGGAUGGAUGGAUGGAUCUAUGAUUCUAGGAAAACUGGGGCGUACAGAAACUGAGGUACCACUGUACAAGGUUGAAGGUCUGUUGGACCGAUUUCCGUAUGAGAUCUAAAGUCUGAAAAAGAGAUGUUGAAAUGAAGAAGUUCCGAUUGGACGCACUUUGUAGACAAUGCAGAACUCGUAUCGUGAACCGUUUGAAGAACUUUUACAAGUCAUACAAUACAAAGUACAACACAAGGUUGUCUUUAUGGGGAUGUGAGUCAUGUAGAUACAAGUAACAGUAUAUAUUUAUAUAUAUAUAUACCAUUCCACUUUUAGGCACAUUGGAACUAAAAGGGUGGCACUAGACGCAUCAUUCUGUUGACUAGUGGACAUGGAAGUUGCAUACCAAGUAUGAACAGAAAAAGCUGGAUGUGGUUCAUUUGUUGACUUCCAUCAGUUUGUACUUAAAUAUUUACAUCAUGACAUGCUAGCACCAUCUCAGUCCCAACACAUGCUGCAAUGCAUUUAUUUAUUUAUACAUGCUAUUUGUCCCAAACCAUACCGUGAUGAGCUACACUGAACUGUAUCUUUUGAUCAAAACACGUUGUUGAAGCACUUUAGCUUGGAUUGUGUUGACACACCUUUGAUUAAGAUGGGUGGGUUUGGUACUCUGGUCCAGAACGGGAAAAAAUAGGAGUUGUAUUUACUGUGCCUAGCACCUAACCCUAAUUGCUUACCCUUAAUGUUGUUUACCCUUAACUGCUUACCCCUAACUGGUUACAUUCACCCCACACUCUUACCCCUAACCUGUUACGUCUGACUCUAAAUGUCCCCAAUGCGCCCUAAAACGUGUGUGACCUUAAUCAGUUACCUCUAAUCCUAACCCCUAACUGGUUACUGCACUUUUAAUCCUAACUUCUUACCCCAAAUCUUAACUGCUUACCCCUAUCUAGUUACCUCUAAUGUUAAUAGUUUUUUGCUAACCCCUUACCCUCAAUAGUUACCCCUAUCUGGUCACCUUUACCUUAACUGCUUACCACUAACCAGUUACCUCUAAUAUUGAAUGCUUACCCAUUAUCAAUGACCUUAAACCCUCACUCUGACCCCUAGCGGCUUACCCCAAACCUUAAAUGCUUACCCCCAUCUAGUUACCUGUAAUGUUAUUUGUUUACCGUUAACCCAUAUUCCUAAAUAGUUACCACUAACGCUAUGCCUUAAUAGGUUACCUCUUACCCUAACUGUUUAACCCUAACCGCUUAGUCUAACCCUAAAGGUUCAUAUAUAUUUCAAGAAAAGCUUGUCAAAUAAACAGGUACUUUUAAAGAGUGCUAUUGUUUGCCAUUUUAGCACCGGUCCUUCCUUUGGUCCGUGCAAUUUAUGUAUGAUCUCACUUGUUGGGUCUACUUACCAUGGUUGUUCACCAAACAGGUUGGGUCAAGACCGCUUGAAGAUUGGAAUCUCGGUCUAAUUACAGUUUGGUUCACUUAAGCUCAAACGUGACUCGAGGACAAGUGUUAAAAUGUAAGAAUUGAGCAAUAUUGUACAGUACAAAUGUUCAUAUGGGCAUACUUUCCUCUACUUUAAAUGUUAAAUUAUUUUUUUUUAGUGGUAACUUAAGUAAAAAAAAUUAAAAAAUGUAUGGUUUGAUGCCACUACCUGCAGGGGAAACACAUGAAUCCAGCAAAAGGCGCUGUCUCACAAAUAAAUUCACUUUCAACAUUUUCAAUCAGGAAAAUGCUUUGGCACGAUGUGAUGCCACGCUUUGGAAGUACAAUACCAUAUACAAUCGUCCCUCGCCACAUCGUUCUUCGAAGUUUGUGCUCUAUAUUCAAUCGCAGAUUAUUUGAAACAUAUUUGACAUAUUGUGGCCUAAAUUAAGUUUUUUCAACCGUAACAUUAGUUAAAUGAACUAAACAUAUCAGUACCACAUAGUAGCCCAAGGAUGAGGUUAAACCAAUCAGUAUUGUGGCCAAUGAUUAGCUCAGCCAUUGCUAUAUUGGAUUAAACAAGUGUAAAAAUGACUCUGUAGGUGUUAUUUCAUGUCUAGAGCGCUCUGAUGUUAAAAAAAACAAAACAUAUUUUGGACGUCAACAGAUUUUUUAAUGCCAAAGCUAUAAUAAAAAGUAUCGAUAUUUCGUUUUCCCAAACUCCAGUCGCUACCAGAGUACCAAACUGCAAGUUGACAUGGAAUAGUUUUCCAGAAAUGGAAGUUUAAUCAGCCGUGAUGUUAUGAGAAACUUUUAACAUGUAUUUUAUAAAGCAGCAGAAAUCAUUUUAAUAAUGAUCUGUGGUACAUAAUUCAUGUUUUUCAAUUUAUGGCCGACAGACUUGGCUAAUAGCUAAUAGUGCGUUUGCACUGUUAGCUAAUACUAAUAGUGUGUUUACUCUUUUAGGUAUUAGCUAAGCUGUGUGACGUGUAAACACCACGUCAGUGUCUUGUUACUUUGCAUUUGCUCAGGUCAAACGCAGGCUGCAAAAAAAAAGGUGAUGACUUGGCGGUAUUCGAACCUCAUAAUUAGCAUAUAUUAGCACAUAUGCUAACAUACUGGGCAGCAAUGGUGCAUGCUAGCUAGUUUGACGCUGACUGUUUCAGGGUUUUUAACUUGGAUUUUGUUUACAAGUAGAUUAAUGAACAAUACUUCGAAAUGUUUGCUGUCAAAAAUAAAUAAAUAGGACUUACCCAGAAGCACUUAAGUCACGUAGCCACCUUUCAUUUGAUCGCAGCUCGCGUUCAUGUGCUCGCAGAAGCUAACGCUUUAAGCUAAGCUAAAUGGUUUAGAAGAUGCUAAAGCUAGAUUAAGCUUACUUGAUUCUGAUGAUCGUGCGCCGCAAACACCAGGCACCUACCCACUUUUUCUGUUCCAGUUUUACAUCAGGGCAACUCUUUUUCUGCUAGCGUUUACGUUUCGUGUCAGAAAAGCUUUUGUCACAAAUCUUUACAUCAAGCUAGCGCUUCAGUGUAUUUUGUCACGUAAACACGAUUGGAUCUGCUAAAUAUCUUAUGUAACAAACUGGUUGGUUUAAAAAAAAAAAAAAAAACGUUUUAUAUCACUCAUCUUCAUAUGUUGCCAUCUGUCAUAACUUUACAGUCUACCAGCAAAAGGGCCAUAAUCAAUGCAUACAUUAUUUAUCUGUUAGUUUUGUAUUGUAUGAAUUUUUGUUUCGUAAAAAAAAUGUUGCGGCAAAAAAAUGUAACAAAAGUAACAUUGAUGACAUCAUGUUCUGCUUCUUUGGACAAUGCAAACUAAGUGAAACAGAAUCCAGCCAAGUAAUGCACUCUAUCUUGCCUCACUUGCGACAUGACAAUAAUCAAUCCUGCACAAACGCAACAGAAUUCUUAACAGUCGACCAUUAUGGGAGGUAUCUAAAGUCAUGUCUGAUUGACCCGCGGCAAUUUACGAGAAAACAAUAGAUGGCCAAAAAGAUUUCGGCGUAAAGCGCAGAAAUGUUGGCAUGACAAGUAUGUUGUGUUACAGUGCUCAAUGUCAAGUUUAUGACACAGCGCUUAAUGCAGCAGUAUGUCAUCUUAUCCAAAAUAAUAGUUGUAAUGCUAAAAUAUUGUCCAUAAAUGUGGGGAAAAGCACAUUAUAGUUUCAAAAUAGUAUUUUUGGUUUAUUGUGUGGGAGAAAAUACUAGUUGUUGAUUUACAAAAUUAAUUAAAUACACGUUUUUGAAAGACAAUUGUGUUAAAGGGGAACUGCACUUAUUUGGAAUUUUGCUUAUCUUUUAAAAUCAUUAUAAAAUACAUGACAUAUAUACAACUAUACUUAUAUAUAUAUGUAUGUAUAUGUAUUGUGUGUGUGUGUGUGUGUGCAUAUAUAUAA